GUCUCAGAAGUUUCCAGAUGGCUACUGCUCCAACUUGUCUAGAUGCGUAGACAUGAACAAACUUACCACGACGACGAGCAUGAAAACUCACGAUGCUCAUGUAAUAAUGCAAAGACUUCUACCAAUUGCACUAAAAGAGAUGCUCCCUGAACACGUAUGGUCCUGCAUGACUGAAAUCAGUUUGUUGUUUCAAUCGAUAUGUUCCAGCGUUUUGGAUGCGGCAUCCCUCCGGAGACUACAAGAGUCUGUUCCCAUUCUGAUGUGUAAUCUGGAAAAAAUAAUGCCACCAUCGUUUUUCGAUGCAAUGGAACAUCUCAUUAUACAUCUUCCGUAUGAGGCUUUGACUGCUGGGCCCGUCUUCUAUCGGUGGAUGUACAGAUUUGAAAGAUUUCUAGGAGAGCUGAAAAAGAAAGUGACCAACAAGGCACACGUUGAGGCUUCAAUUUGUCAAGCGUAUCUUCAACAAGAAAUCUCAACGUUCUCGUCUUUUUACUUCGAGCGUGAAGUCAUCACCAGAAGGAAGAGACCUGCCCGGAACGAUGACAUUGGCGAGGAUUUAUAUGAAAAUGUAGUUUCCAUCUUCAAUUACCCAGGCAGAGGUAAAGGUGCUGCGACACAACGAUACAUCCUGGGUGGGGAAUUGCAAAUUGCGCAUACUUAUAUCCUCAUGAAUUGUCCAGAAAUCUCACCGUUUUAUCAGUAAGUUAAAUUUGUAGUUAUAAUUGUAAUACUUAUAAAUUAAAUUUGUAGUUAAUUUAUAGUUUUUUUUUUUUAUUUUUGACUUCACAGUGAAUUCCGAGCUUCUUUAUCAGCCUUUCCUGAGAAUGAAAUAGAUGCGUUGGUGGACUCUGAUUUUGUAAAUUGGUACAAGUAUCAGGUAUAUAUACACACACAUUAAUUAUAUAUAUUACCUAAUGUUUACCUAAUGUUAUUAUUAUGUUUAUAUUUACAGAUCAAUAGUCGUGGGAUUGUCGACCCUUUGUUAGUAUCAUUAGCGUGGGGCCCAGGUGCCAGUGCCAAAGUGUGGCGGCAAUAUGUGAUAAACGGUUACACAUAUCACACAGCCGAUUACGGAGAGGGCCGACCAACAACGAACAGCGGGUUAUGUGUCCCGACCAUCGGUUAUGAUAACUCGGAAACCAGUUUUUUUGGUGUCCUGCAGGAGAUUCUGGAACUUGAGAUGCCUUCUUGUGCGAAAAAAUUGACAUGCGUUCUGUUCCGUUGCACAUGGGUCGACCCCACACGUGGCGUGCGCAAAAAUCCGAAGUAUAAUAUGAUUGACGUCAACCUCUCUCGUGUGUACCCAAAAAAUGAGCCUUUCAUACUCGCCCAACAAGCAGCGCAGAUUUAUUAUGCAGAAUAUCCUUCAACAAGGCGGACACAGAAUCCUUGGGUGUGUGCAUGUCCUGUCCGUCCGAACAAAAUAAAAUCACAAACUCAACACAAGGACGUUGAUCUAGAUGCUUUUCAGCAACAAUUUUUCCAACCUCCGCCUAUUGUUGAGACGGUCAACUAUAACCUCCAAUUAAGUGAUCCAAAUGGCGGACGUGUUGAAGUCAUGCCAGAAACGCACCUUCCGGACCCAACCAUUCCAUCUGAGCGCGAAAUUGAGGAAAUGUAUGUAGCACAACAAAAUGCUCAAUAUCAGGAAGAAGGUGAAUGGAUAGACGGUUCAGAUACAGAAGAAGAUACUGUAUAUGUAGAAAAUGACGAUUCUGAUAGCGAAUAAUUGUGCUGUUGUAAUUUCAAUUUUAUUGACUUCUAAUAUUUGUGCAGA